UUUCCAUGGCAACAUCAACAAACGCGGUCUGAUAUCAACUGCAGUUGGCUUUAGUUUAACACGUAUGUUAGCUUCUAGCUAGCUACUUCCUACGAUUACUAGCUAGCUAAGUAAGUUAACGUUGUUUUUUGCAUUUCGAUGUCUUUAUAAUAGUUGAAAUGUUCAGUUACAAGGUUAACGUUAGCUAGCUACUGUAACUUGGCAGGCCUUGCAACAGUCCGAUAAAGCACUAACGCUAGCUAGCUACAGCUAGUUUAGUUACGUUAACCCAGUCAGUUCUUACGACGCUUAAACUCCAUGCAGUGUGACUAGGUAACCGCUUGUCAGCUGAGUUACCAACUGGUCCGCUGCAGUGACCUGCUACUUUUUCUGAUAACACGAGCCAAAUUGACCAGAAUGUCUGACAUGGAUGAAGAUGCAGUGUUGUCCGAUGGAACGUUAGAGGGAGAGGAAGAAACUCAUCAAGAAGGACCCGGAGAGGACGAGAAGGUACAGGUUUGCCAUUUGACCCAAGAAACCAUAAGUCAGGGCCUCUCAUUGCUGUGCCGAACAGGAAAUGGUCUAGGACAUGCAUUUGUCAAAGUGGACCUAAAAGACAAAGGACUGAAUGACAUUGCCGCAAUCAGCAGUUACACUCACCUCCGUUUUCUGGACAUAUCCAACAACCACCUUAUUGAUCUUGCUCCUCUGGCAUCUCUGACUCAUCUGCUCUGGCUGAAGGUUGACAAUAAUGCAGUAUCGUGCUUCAAAGGGAAACCUUUCGCUCAGUUGACCUACUUGCAGUGGCUGAGUAUGGCAGUGAACCAGCUAAUAGACCUGGAUGGCCUGGUCGGGCCUGCCUUGGAGAGCCUCAAUCUUACAGGUAAUGGUAUUCAGAGAGUGAACGGCCUUCAGAGUGGCUGUUUUGCCAACCUGGUAACUCUAGAGCUGAGGGGAAACCACUUGGAAACCAUUGAUGGCAUCAACCUUCCCAACCUGCGACGAUUAUAUAUGGCCCAAAAUGUCAUCAAGGAUCUGAAAGGUUUAGAAAAGCUAGAGCGCCUCACCACCCUUCAUCUUCGAGACAACCAGCUAGAUACUCUGGAUGGCCUUAGCCCCAACAUGAAGUGUCUCCAAUACCUUAAUGUCAGAGGCAAUGCAAUUUUAGAUGAGAAUGCCCUAAAAUGCCUUGGGCUUGUGUCCAAAACUCUGCGGGCUUUGGUCCUUUCUGAGAAUCCUCUAGUGGAAACGACAGACUACCGGCUGAGUGUACUGAUUCUUCUGCCACAGCUGGAGCGACUUGACAAAGAUCUUGUAUCCCUGGAGGAGAGGACUGAGGCCCGGGAGAGACUCAAGGAACUUAAAGAAGAGGAAAUAUCUGAGCCACAAGAAAUGCAAUGAUGGCCAAAAUGAGGAAGUGUUUGACUUCCUUGAAACACAGGCUUGGUGUGUAUAGGUGGGUGAUGUGAUUGGGUUGUAUGAGAAGCGUUGUAUAUCUUGUAUGAUGCACUCUGUAUCUGUAAAUGUGCACAAAUAGGGUUGCUUUGUGUCAUGUUAUUACACUAUUACAGCCAAUCUGUUUUUUUAACAAUAAAAUACAAAAUAAAAUGUCUAA